AUGGGCAGAGGGCGUGUCAAACGACGGGUCGUGCAGAGUGAGGAUGGGUGGGCUGUGGUUACGCAUGGGAUGGGUGGGUUAGAGGUGGGCAGGCGGAGAGGGGGAGAAGGAGGCGAAGGAGAUGAAAGUGACCAGGAGAUUGGGAAUCCAAAGGACAAAGGUAAAGACAAAGACAAAGGCAAAGUCGUAACAGGCAUGCCCAACAUAAUCAACGACCUCACAACAACAACCCUCCUCGCCGACUUCAAAACUCGCACAAACCGCUGGCGGGACACGGCGUGUGCGGUGCACUUGCGUGGCCUGCUGGAUGCGAAAGAGUGGCUGGAUGUGGGCGAGGCCGUGUGUGUUGGGAUUGGGAGUUUUAGUAGGGAUUGGGAACAUCGGUUCAGGAGUCUGUGGCAGCUGGUGGUGUUUGUAGAGGUUGUGGGGAUGCUGCAGAAACAAGGUCUGGACGUCAAAGUCUACGCGCAAGACCCUGCCUUUACCCCCGUCGAUAUAUCAUUCCUCUCGAGUCUAGACAUUCAAGUCAAAGAUCCUGGAAUUCAAUCACACAUCAGUACGCGUACCUUUGUCUAUUCCCCCUUUGUAGACUGGUAUCUCCUCCUGCCCACGUUUCUGCAAACCCGAGAUCCGGAGCUGUAUAUUGGAAAUGAGAUUCUGGACGACUACACGGCGUAUGCGCAGACAGAGGAUAAGAGGAACAAGUUGGACGAGUGCAAUCAGCUCGGGCGCAGGUUUUUGGACAGUAGAGACGUGGCGAGGUUGGAGGAUUUCGAACUGCAUGCGCAUGCGUUGAAUGGCUUGGUUGUGUAUUGGAAGAAGCAGCAAGAAGACAAUGACGAGGCUGAGCUAAAGACUGAAGAUGAUGCGCCGAGUUGA